AUGGGUGCUAAUAUCCUGGAAUCUAAUGUAAGCACCAACUUCACUCCCGGCGGCUACACGGGGACAGUCCACGAAACUGGAGCGGCUCACCCGGGCUAUAUGAUGGUGAUUCUUGCCGUGCUUAUGAUUAUUCUGGUAGUUGUGGUUGUGGCUGGCAACGCACUUGUUAUCCUGGCUUUCAUUGUUGACAAGAGCCUACGAAAUCAAAGCAACUACUUCUUCCUCAACCUUGCCAUUUCUGAUUUUCUUGUUGGUGCAUUCUGCAUCCCUGUAUACAUCCCCUACAACCUGACAGGCCGCUGGGUGCUGGGCAGAGGUCUCUGUAAGCUGUGGCUCCUCAUGGACUACUUGCUCUGCACUGCCUCUGUCUUCAACAUAGUCCUCAUCAGCUAUGACCGGUUCCUCUCCGUCACCAGAGCAGUGAAAUAUAGAGCUCAGCGGAGCAUGACCCACCAUGCUGUGGUGAAGAUGGUGGCUGUGUGGGUGUUGGCCUUCCUUCUCUAUGGCCCUGCUAUUAUCUUCUGGGAGCUGGUUGUGGGUAAAAGCAUCGUCCCUCCUGACGAGUGUUUCGCUGAGUUCUACUGCACCUGGUACUUCCUACUCAGUGCGUCUACGUUUGAGUUCUUCACCCCCUUUAUCUCUGUGACCUUCUUCAACCUGUGCAUCUACCUGAACAUCCAGAAGAGGAACAAGAGCAGGGCUAUCCGUAAGGAGGACACCAAGGCACACAGGGACAGGGGCAGUCUCAGGGACGGGGGUGCUACCUUGUCUGUGUUUUUUGUCAAGACUCGCAAAGUAUCAUCGAGCGAGCCAACCGCUGUUUCAGAGGUGAUAGAGGAGGACGAGGAACUGUCACCAUCCUCCAGUGGGGAGCCCAGCAGUGGACACACCUUCAUUCAGAGAAACAAGGGCCCUUCCUGCAGGAAAACUUCCAGGCUCCUCCAAUUCCAGGCCCCCAUCGUGCCAUCCAGCAGGAGCUCAGAGGGCUCCCGCCUCUCCCGCGACAAGAAGAUUGCCAAGUCGCUGGCCAUUAUAGUGUGCAUUUUCGGGAUCUGCUGGGCACCUUACACCCUACUGAUGAUAAUACGAGCGGCCUGUAGCGGGCGAUGUGUGGAGCACUACUGGUACGAGGUGACGUUUUGGCUCUUGUGGCUGAACUCUGGUAUUAACCCUUUCCUUUACCCUCUCUGCCACAGCAGCUUCCGAAGGGCCUUUGCUAAGAUACUGUGCCCCAAGCGUCAGUCUGUCCAACCUCACAUUGAGAUCCAGUCUUGCUAGUGAUGCAACGUAUGGCUGGCUGGGA